UGCGCAGCGCUCUUUAAAUUACUUUUGACGGAUAAAGCACUUCAUACUUUUGUUUGAUUUGUUCGGUUGUUCCCGCAUCCCUAUGUUGAGCCUGAAAGUGUGACUCGGGUUGACUGUUGUGUGUUUGAGUAUUGAAAAUGGCGCUGAAGAGUUGGAUAGUUGAAGUUUUUGUUAUUAAUGACGAUCAUCAGGCUAUACCUAAAUACAAUAAGAAAUUAAAACUAACUGCUGAAUAUGAUCCCCAAGGUGUUAACGUUAAACUUUUUGAUGAUCAGAUGGAAAUAGCUGAAUUUUCUGUAUGCACAAAUACAGAAUGUUGCCGGUUUGGAAGUUCAUCUUACUUAUUUUCUUUCGAUAAUGAAUCUCUACUCUUCAAAUUCAGAAAUCCAGAAGAUGCUAGAAACUUUACAAUAGCUAUGACAAAGGCCAAAUCAGGAAAAGGUGCCUCUGUCUUUUCAGUUAGAACUGAAGAUUCCUCAGCAACUCAAUACUUCCAAUUUUAUGGCUAUUUAUCACAACAACAGAAUAUGUUACAAGACUUCGUUAGGACUUAUACCUAUCAACGAGCAAUAUUAUGUAAUUUAAAUGAUUUCAAGGAUAAGGUUGUAUUAGAUGUAGGAGCUGGCUCUGGCAUUUUGUCAUUUUUUGCUGCCCAAGCUGGUGCUAAACGAAUAUAUGCUGUUGAAGCUUCCACCAUGGCUCAUUUUGCACAGAAAUUAGUCGAAGCAAAUAAUUUAAAGGACUUGAUCAAAGUUAUACCAGGAAAAAUAGAAGAGGUUGAACUUCCAGAGAAAGUAGAUGUUAUUAUUUCUGAACCAAUGGGAUAUAUGUUAUAUAAUGAAAGAAUGCUGGAAACAUAUUUACACGCUAAGAAAUGGUUAGUACCCAACGGAAAAAUGUAUCCGUCCCGAGGUGAUUUACAUAUAGCUCCAUUCACUGAUGAUUCUUUGUACAUGGAGCAAUACAGCAAGGCUAAUUUCUGGUUUCAAACGUGUUUCCAUGGGGUUAACUUAUCGGCAAUCCAAAAUAGCGCCGUUAAAGAAUAUUUUAGGCAACCUGUCGUUGAUACUUUUGAUAUUAGGAUAUGUAUGAGUAAAUCAAUUAGGCACAUUGUUGACUUCCUUGAAGCAGAUGAGACAGACCUACAUACUAUAGAUAUUCCUCUCGAAUUUCAUAUUUUGGAAUCUGGUACUUGCCAUGGUCUUGCAUUCUGGUUCGAUGUCGCUUUUGCUGGUUCACAACAGACAAUAUGGCUUAGUACUGGUCCCACUGAACCCCUUACUCAUUGGUAUCAGGUUCGGUGUUUACUCGAACAACCCCUUCUUCUCAAACAAGGACAAGUUUUGACUGGAAGGGUGUUACUAGUAGCGAAUAAGAGGCAAAGUUACGAUGUCACAAUAGAAUUGACAGUAGAAGGAACAACGCAGUGUUCAACAAACACACUAGAUCUGAAAAAUCCCUACUUCAGAUAUACUGGGGCUCCUGUGCAGCCACCUCCAGGUGUUUCCAAUGUGUCUCCCAGUGAAAAUUACUGGAGUCAGUUGGACGCUCAGGGUGUAAGAAAUGAAUAUUUUACAGCUGUCAAUAUGGUGAACGGUAUGUCUGUAAACGGUCUAGGUGAAGUUUCCAUGGACACAACACAAACUGUUCUGAACAAUAACUUGAUGGCAAACAAUCUGAUAGCUUUAGUGGACACUUCCCAAUUAACAGAUGGUGCUCCUCCUAAUAUUCAUCCAGGGUGUAUAUCCAGUACAGGCAGAGGUAGGGUUGCAGCUAGUCCUACUUCAACACAUACUGCGCAAUUGAUAGGUGGUGCAAUUUCACCAUCAUUAUUCACUUCUCCGAAUGGCCAACAAGUUGUCUUUUUCAGCAACCUUUAGUGAUGGCAAAUUACCCAGUUAGUGCGAAUUUAAUGAUUGGUGAUUAUGUUACCCCAGGAAAUGGAGUAGCGAUGCCAAGUUAUCGUCAAUAAUCAAUGGACUGUGUAUUUUCAUGCUCAAUUGAGAAACUUAAAGGAUAUUUUUAAGGGUGGGAAUUCCAAUUCGUGUAUCCAACGCGAGUGAUUCUGUUAAAGAUUGUAAACAAAUUUGAUCACUUUGUGAUAACGACCUGAUUCGAUAUCAGUUUUGAAAUUUCUCGUUCAUAAAUUUGUCUAACGGCAGGGGGCAACGUUAUUUUCUUCGUUUCAAUAUCGCAGCCAUUUACUCUUUAAAGGUAUUAAUACACAUUUUUGAAACGCUUAUUUUACUUUGAAUAUUUUUAUCAAGAAGUGUACAUUUAAGUUGCACAUCACAACAAUGAAAAUUAUUUUAAGAUAAGUUUGACGUAGAAACAGCUCUCCAUUUGUUUUUUAUUUUCAAUAACCUCCCUUAGGUAUUUAUUUGUAAAUACUGAAUUAUUUUUUGGAAAUUCUUCAUGUACAUUAUUUGAAUCUUCUUCAUUCUUCCCAGCUGUUUUUAAAGGCUGCUGUUGAGAUAUUAAUCUGUUCUCAUUACCCAAUUCAAUGUGAAAUUCAAAAUCAGUUUCACAUUUCGAAAAGUGGGAUGUUUUUUGGAAAUAAAUGGACAAUAUAUUUCAGUUAAGACUGCUAUCAUAAAUACUCUAUUUUUAAUCACAGUUUACACAAUGUGAAAGUUUGUGUUUGUAAAAGCACUGAAGUAUAUGAAAACCUUACUCUUUUUUUACCUUAGUAUUAGAUCUGAAUUCUGACAUGAUAAAUAAAUUAUAAUUGAAGAUUCAAUUGUCUCCAUCGAAUUGCUCUAUAAACAAAUGUUAACUUUGGAAGUCAUUAUUUGAUUGCUCAUCAUUAUUAAUAUAUCUACAUUCCUCAUUUCUUCUGUUAGUAUGUUUUCAAAAAAAAAUUUAAUUUCUUUUAUGGAUCUAUUUCAUUAGUUUUCUCCGCCCUACUCUGUUUCCACCUCUGUUUUUCAUAGGAUUUCAUGAUAUUUUACGAUAUUUUCAUGAUUGGAUUGUUUUAUAUUAAUAUUCCAAUUAAUUAGCAGUUUUAGGAAUAAAAUCGCUCGAUACUGAUUCUACAUGGUAAAGGCAUUAUGUAAUGAAAUCCAAAGACACCGUGGUAUUCAAACUGGAUGGUUAAAAUAUCUAUUUAUCCGAGAGAACAAAGAAGCUAUUGGCUACUGUCAUCCUGAAGUUUGGUUACUUCAAAUUUUCAUUCAUUAGCUAUGCAGAGCUCCCCCAAAUUUCACCCUCUUAUUAACAUGGUAGCUUACUAAGAUUUGAAAUGUUUGGUGUCAAAUACAAGCACAAAAUAAUGAACUUCCAGUGUUGAUCAAACCAUUAAUAAUUUUUUUCCUAAAUCUGGCGAUAGAAAUUUUGACUAUCCAGUGUUUAUUUUUGUAUUAUGAUAAUUAAGAACUUGAAAACUUUUUAGAGAACAUACUAUAAAGCUAACAAUUAUUCUGUUAUGAUGUAAGUCAGCAUUUUUGAUCAUCUGGCGAGUAACAUCAUACUUGUGUUUGUAUAUGUUGCUAUUAUAUCUGUGAUAUUUUCAUUUUGAAUCUAACCACAUUUCAUGUAAAAUUUAAAAUAGAUUAGUUAUCAUUAGGUUUUCAUUUGUUGACCAAUAUAUUAUUUAUUCAUUUGUAAACCAAGAUGAAAGAAACUCUUGAUUUGAACUUAAUUGUACAGACUGUUGAACUUAUGAAGACCUUUGUUUGAAGGAAAUACAGCAAAAUUAAAAUUUUCAUGUUUUUCUAUAUAACGUGUAUUUAUACUUUUUUACAAUACAAUUUAUUUGUUUGUUUUUUUAAUGUAUUAAUUUUAGGAGACAUAACAAUGUUACAACAAAUUUAUCAAUUUUGUCGCAAUUGGUCUUAAUGAACUUAUAGCUCAUCUUUUAGUAACAUUGAUUUUUAUCAACAAAAAAAAACAUUCUGAUGUUUUUGUAGAUUAUUAUUUUUACGAACAUGUCUUCAUUGUGUAUCAUCACAUUCAUGCCUCAUGAAAUAUUUUGGAAUUUCCCAAUCUAUUUCAUGAUUAUAGUUUUAAUUAUAUCUAUUCUGUAGCCCUCAUUGUUUGCAUACGGUUCUCUUUUUUUCUCUAGAUUUUUAAUAGAGAUGAGUUAUACUCAUUAUUUCCAGUGAGAAUUUUUUUUCAUCCUAAUUUUGCCGUUAUUGAAUUGAGUGCUUAUAAUGAGGGUUAUAUAUAUAUUACAGGUGUGUUUACAGUAUUCUGAAUCAUUUUAAGAUCCUUUGGAUUUCAAUUGAAAUUAUUUUGUUUGAAUUAUGUUCCAGUGAUUUGUGUUUGAAUGGAAUUUUUGUCACAUAAUUGAGCAAUGAACUUCUGAUUUGUGCAGUCUGUAGAAUAAAGCACAUGUUGCUCUGGAAAAUUUAAAUAGCAUUGUAUUACCUCUGCCUUAUCCAUACCCAUUGUGGCAGCAUUGGAAGAAUCGCCUAGUUACAUAAUAAGCUUCAUGUAUACAAGUAGGCAUUGAUAUUUAAUAAUGUACAGUGACGGCGAUAAUAAACAUGUACAAUUUUGACACUUAUUUUUUCUCUGAUGUUGAAAAUAUUUCUAAACGUAUUUGUGUUCCAUUGGUCUAAAGAAAACUUAAUAAAUGCUGCUCAAAACAAA